AUGUGCAAAGGUUCAAAAUUCAACACAGAAUCUUUCUGGCAGAUUUCAGCUCUUAGUUGUAAAGAAUUAUCUCAAACCAGGAUUCAGUAUCACAAUGGGCUGAGAUCUGGAUCUGUAAGUCGGAGGAGAAGAAGGUCAGCCGUUACCAUAGUGAUGGAGCGAUUUGAUAUGUAUGGUGACCCAGACAGCCAGAAAUACCGUGCUGUGACAAGGCGUGUUUUAGUGUUGGGUGUGGUGUGUCUCACCUUAACAGUGGUGAUGGUUGCAGUGGUCACUACUGUCCUACUCACUGCAGAAAAUGAUUCUAGACAGCCAAUCCGUGCUGAAGCCUUAUUGGGAGACUCAACAUUGUCCUACACAGACAGGACUGGAGUGGAGACAUUGAGAUGGUCACAAAGUACUGGAAAUCUCCUUGGUAGCAUAGGGUCAUUAGGGGACAUGACCUCAAACAUUGUCCAUACAAAUGUUGAUCAUACCACAAGUUCCUUCAUUAUACCACAGCACUCUAGAACUUCUUCAUCCAUUGUUAUCAAAUCAUCAGUCAUAUCACGUUUGUCAUCAGAAUCAUCAUUAGGAUCUGUUUUACCUUCUAGUCCGACUCCGAGUUUAGACUUUGAUAUCAAGCCUUCCCGAAGUCAACCUGUCAUCAGUACCCAACACAUCACUGAUGUCCCUCAGUCAUCCAUAUUUAGUGACAGUUUAGUGUCUUUCUUUCCAUCUGAGGUGUCUGCUUCUGUAACCAUGGAAACCAGUCUAACAAUGUCAUCAGGACACUUUAUAUCACCAUCCUCUUCCUUUGACACGUUUGAUAUGUCCUUGAUGCCCCUGUCCACUUUUGAGCUGACAAAUAACGAAAAUCAACCCUCAAACGUUCAACUUGCAUCCUCAUUUUUUCCUGGUGAUUUUAUGACCUCAUUUUCGAGGUUAGAGAACCUUUCACUUGUUAAAACUACUCAAGAGUCAACAAAACAUUUACAGUCACUAGUAUCUCAGCUUGACAUGUCGUCUGAGUUCUCUUUGUCAUCCAUAACAUCAGAAAAUUGGACAGGUGUUUCCUCUACAUCAGAAGGUCAUUCUACUUCCCCACCUUUGUCACCCAUUUUACAAACCUCUUCAGAGUAUGCCUGGUCUUCCCCCACAGGUAUUCUUUCUCCAUCUGUAGAGGAGAAUAUUAAGGUUACCACAGCUGAUGUUUCUCAUUCAAAGGUAUAUGUUUCCUUUUCUUUAUCUAGUUUUGUUCUUGGUCCCAGUCAGACAUCAAAUUCUUCUCCCUCCUCUUCUUUCACACAAUAUCCAGUAUCUACAACACUAGUACCUACCUCAGAGUCCUUGCAUCUGUCUAUGCCAAAGAUCUCUUACCUCUCAACAUCUGAACAGUCCUCAUCGACAUUUGACCCAAUUACAGUGACGCCCAGUACAUUAAAAUCUACCUACCACUUUUCCACAGUAGUUCCCACCCUGGUCUCUAGAUCUCUGUUGUCUUCUCGGGAUAAUGAGAAUGAGAACCAAAGUGCCACUCUGUCGUCUGCAUAUCACACCCUCCUUGUGAAGGAGACAACACCUAUGUACUCCAGUGAGAGUGCAGGGUCCACCGCCACAACUACAGUUGUUGCCACAGCUACCACUUCUAUCAAAGCUAUUUCCACAGCCACUACUGUCUCCUUAGCUUCUGCAACAACUAUCAUCACAGCUGUCCCCAUAGCAACAGCCGCAACUGUUGCCACUACUAAUGCCACAGCCAUGUUCCAACUUGCCACCACAACCUCAGCUGCCCCUGCAGCCACAUUCCAACCUGCCACCUCAACCUCAGCUGCCCAUGCAGCCACAUUCAAACCUGCAACCACAGCCUCAGUUGCCCCUACAGUCACAUUCCAACCUGCCACCACAUCUUCAGCUGCCUCUACAGCCACAUUCCAACCUGCCACCACAUCUUCAGCUGCCCCUACAGCCACAUUCAAACUUGCCACUUCAACUGGAACAACAUCUAUAAUCACAUCCCCUACUGCAGUCAUUACCACUACAGUCUCAGGUAUCCGGUGCCCCACUGGUCAGGCACCAUGUGAUGAUGGCACCUGUGUACCAGCCAGCAGGUUUUGUGAUGGGGUUGUCCACUGUCCUGAUGCCAGUGAUGAAUCUAAGGACUGCAGUUGUGGGAGUGGUCAGUUCAAAUGUAGCAGUGGUCAGUGUGUGUCUAGUUCAGCUAGGUGCGACAGAUAUCUGCAAUGUAAGGACAAGACUGAUGAAUUCAACUGCUCAGGGUGUUUUGGUUUCCAGUGUGCCUCGGGACUCUGCUUGUGGUCUCAUUCUAGUAGAUGUAACCAGGUGUUUGACUGUGAGGACUUGAGUGACGAGCUAGGGUGCCCCUUCAGACCUGGCUACAAGCGAUGUGACAAUGGAGUGUUCAUCCAGGCAUCUGAUUGGUGUGAUGGUGUGGACGAUUGCUAUGACAAUAGUGAUGAGACACAGUGUGCGUGUGAACCUCAGACAGAGAUAGCCUGCCAGGAUGGGGGCUGUAUACGACAAGAAUGGGCCUGUGAUGGAUUCUGGGACUGUAUUAACGGGACUGAUGAGAAAAACUGUGACCACUGCAGCAGUGAAGAAUUUAAGUGCUCUGACUAUCAAUGUGUUGCUAUGGAUACUGUAUGUGAUGGUCACCAAGACUGUUCCCGGGGUGAAGAUGAGCUUAAUUGUUUUUCCCUCUCAACUGGCAACCAAUCAGAUCAAAACUUGACCAGUGGUCAGCUGUUGGUCUGGCACUCAAACCAUAUCCAGCCCCUCUGUAACACCAACUGGACACAGCAAUUGAGUGAUCACAUGUGCCUACAUCUUGGACAUGAGAAGUCUAUCCAGACAGUAUACACACCAGAGACUUCAUCCUCUCAAAACUCGUACUUUGAAAUCAAAUCAGACAUUACAAUGUCUGAAAUUCCACAUAUCCUUGGUAAUAUUGUAAAUGUGACAAGCUGUUCCAGUGGGAGCUUGGUCAACAUUUCCUGUUCUAAAAAAGAGUGUGGAAUGAGGAAUGGAGAUUUUCUCACUGCUUACAUUGCGGGUGGAGAAUUAUCUCCCUUGGGGAAAUGGCCAUGGGUGGUUUCUCUGACGUAUCUUGGGGAGCCACUCUGUGCUGCAGCCAUAUUAACCAAUCAAUGGCUAGUAACAGCUGGACAUUGUGUGGCAUUGCCAGGGGCACAUGAUUACACACGUACACCAUUUUAUGUCCAAGCUUCUGCUGGAUCUGUCAAACGUUCUAGAGACCAGACAUCUCGCAGUAACAUGGUUACCGCUGACAGAAUAUUACAGCAUCCCAACUUUACAUUCACCGGACUUGGCUCUAUCCUUUGGGAUGUAGCUUUGGUGCACUUGGAACGACCUCUGAUCUUCACAGAGGUCAUUCAACCAAUAUGUCUUCCAACAGAUGAGGAUGGGUAUGAUAACUGCUACUUGGCAGGAUGGGGAUACUUGGACAAUGAUAGAGGACAGUUACCCCAGUACCUGAGAGAGGUUAAAGUUCAGGUGUUGGAAGAUGAGAAUUGUAGCCAGGACACAGUUGCCAUGGAAACCGUUGUCGACACAAACAUCACCCUAUGUGCUGGCUAUAGUAGUGGGGUUUUGUCUGGCUGUCAGGGUGACAGUGGAGGCCCCUUAAUGUGUGAGGACACCAGAGGCCAUUGGUUUUUAGCUGGUGUCCUGAGUAGUGGUUCAUCAAAAUGUGGUGUUGUUACUUCUCAGACAGACAGGUAUACACGAGUCUCAGCUCUAAGGGAGUGGAUCUCUGAUAUUACAGGGACAUUCUACACCAAAAGGACAUCCUAA